AUGAUGAUUGAUUUGCCUCCACUAUGCUCGCCUUAUGUUGCCCACCGUCCACGUAGCGUGGCGCAGCCGCAGCCCUCACAAGGCGAUUAUGCGAACCUCUGUAUUCAGGAUACCCCCAUAAUGCCCGCAUCCUCGCUUCCGAGCAUGCUGUGGUACCGGGCAUGGCUAAAUCGACGGGCCUCGCAGCUGUCAUUGGAUCUUGCAACGGCUUUGCCAGCUUUGACGGAGGUGAAUGGGCUGAUCGAAGGAUCCAGUCUACUUAGAGCGUAUCUUGGAAUUGCGCGAAUCAUGAAAGAAGGUAAAGCUUCCAGGGUUGAUGAUAUCGUGGCGCAACUGCAGUUGUCCCAUGUAUUCCGUGUGGUACCUGUGGAGCAGACAUGCUUUCAGCGCGUGCUUGUUUUCACUAUUUUAGGAUGGCAGACAAUGUUAUGGGAGUCAACGUGGGACGCGACCAAUCCUGCGCAGAUGACAGUUGCACAAUUGAUGGUUGGUUAUGAGAGUCGGACUUUUAUGGCGUAUACUCAGGAUCAUCGAUGCGCUCGGCUCCCAAUACAUGAGUUCCUUCUUGGCUUCGGGUACUUACUCCCAACAAAAAGCACAGAUUGCCAAAGUCCUGAGAGCUUUGUGACAGUUCAUGUCAAGCAGUUCAAUAUGUCCCUUCUUGCAACCAUUGGCGGGAUUAAGAUUAGGUGGAUAGACACACUGGGCGCCCAUCUGGAGUUUGAUAACCGUACCAAAACCUUGUUCCUCUUUCGGUUUCCUUCGUUUUGCGCAGCAAAUCUCGAGAAAGACUUAUCAGGCGAGAAAUGGGUGCGAGGAGUCAUACAUGGCUGUACCGCCCCAGCUGGCGAUCCUACCAACUGGGCCACCGCUGAAGAUGUGACAAGCUUCCUAUAUGAAGUUCUCCUAUCAUAUCGCCUGCUUUUCGGACUCUCAGCGAAGGGACGACAAUUCUACCGAUCCCUACGUCCAUUCAGUGACCUUCCGCCUGACCAACAUGAUCCUCUUCUUGGGGAACUAUGUGGCUCCCGCACUCUGACAACAAUAUCCAUUGACCACCACGAAGACGUGUUUAGUCUUGUAUCUGACUUCCCAAUCCUCCACAGCCGAUUUGAAGCCCUCAAAACGCAUCUGGCAUGCCAGAAGGCACGGGGCCUGAUACAGUUAUGGCGGGACAAACGAAGUACGGAAGCAUGGUAUACAUUCUGGGCUGUUGUACUCAUUGGAGGGGUCGGACUGUUCCUCUCAUUCGUUCAGACCGUUCUUCAGAUCAUGCAGGUACUGUAUAGUGUGCCUUAG